AUGGCGGUGAGCCCGGAGCUGGAGGGCUUGCGGCGCAUCGCGCCUUCCCGCUUCGUCUCCUUCGCCUUCCCCAACCCUUUCCUCGGCCACGCCUCCAAUCCUUACGCGGACGGGGGCGGCGGCGGCGGCGGCGGCGACGGCGAUGCGGGGGAGUGCAUCAGGGUUGCCGUCCUCGAUUCGCCCCUCCCUGCCCCGGCCGUCCCGGCGACGGCGGCGAUGCUCGUCCCGUCCGGCCGGCACCGCGACUGGAUCUUCUCCACCCGCGCCGGCCACCUCCACCUCCUCCUCUCCACCACCCGCUUCUCCCGUCUCAUACUCGUUGGUCCUGAGCUCUCGGUGCCUUCUCCUCGGGUCGUUUCGUGCGUCCGUCGCCCGGACCCCGACCCUGCUCACGCUCGGCUCCUCCCCCUCCUUCUUGCUCUCUGCCCCAUGGCCGCGUUUCGGUACAACGCCGUCCCUGACGUCCCGCUGCUCACCUUCCAGGAUGACCUCCUCCGGCUUGCCCCUAUCAAGUUCGUGGCUGGCCCUGUUGUUGGCGAGAUGGUUGUCGAGGAUGUGGCCAUUGACUGCAGCCCCGGUCCAGCUGAAUUGCGCCGCAGGCUGCGGUUCAAGCGCAUGCCCUGCCUGGUGCAGACGCAGGUGCGCCUAUGUCAGUCACCUGCUGCUGCUGCUUCGUCGCCGUUGCUGGAAGCACUGGAAGGCUCAGGUGAGCUGUUGCAACCGGAGGUGGGUGGAUCGUUGGUCCAGCCUUACCUCCAAGCCAUGGUUGCCGGUCUCGCAGUGACUGCGCCGUCAAUUGAGGAGAGUAUUCGGUCAGGUGUUAGACCUAGGUGUCUCUGUGCUGGUGUUGGAGGUGGAUCACUCCUCAUGUCAAUCAGAAUGGGGCUUCAGUUCGACGUGCUCGGCAUUGAGGCCGAUGGUGUUGUCCUGGAUGUCGCAAGGAAUCAUUUUGGGCUGGUGGAGGAUGAGUUUCUCCAUGUCCAUGUUGGUGAUGCUAUACAAAUGGUAGAGGAUUUUGCUCGGCAAGGGGAGCCUAAUAUGAAUUUCAGUGCAGUUAUGUUGGAUCUUGACUCCUCUGAUGCUAUGUGUGGUGUCAGCGCGCCACCAUUGGAGAUGACUCAUGGAAAUGUCCUUCUCUCAGUGCGCACAAUCCUACAUCAUCAUGGAGUUUUGAUUCUGAAUGUGAUUCCACCUCCUGCAGAUAGGUCCUUCUACAAAGGGAUGAUUGAUGUUCUUCGCCAGGCUUUCUCAGGACUGUUCGAAAUAGAUGUUGGUAAUGGCGAGAAUUUGGUUCUUAUUGCUACAGUAUCGCCGAUUGAAACCACAGUUACUGGUGAUUCUGGACAUUUUCUGACAGAAUUGAGGAAAUUAGCUGGGGACUUUUUGGAGCAUAUAAGAAAAUUUUGA